AAUAACACCCUACACUUACCAUGUAUGCUCUAGCAAAGCCCCAGAGCUCGGUAUGGGCCCGGUUCAUCAUUGACCGGCUCUUGAAGUCCCCCUCAAAGGCAUUUGCCAUUGCGUUCAUCUACGUGACGCUUCCCAAGUUCUUGGCCAAAAUUUAUCAGAGCGCCCGACUGAAAGAGUCCAAGGGGCUUCUCUCGGCGUUACUCAAGAUCCUGGCAAACGCGUUGCACCCGGGAAAGUUCCCCAUGUUCGCUACCAAGCUUGUGCUAGGGAUCAAUGUAUUGGAGCCGUUCUUUUCCCGUGUGCUCCCGGGACAAAAAUACAAACGCGUGGUACCAUUUGCGUCUGCGUUACUCGCCAGCUUGGCCUCCUCGCUUCUCACCUUCCCGGACUACCAGCACCACAUUAUCAGUAAAAACCGGUUCUAUACCCUCGAUAUGACCCUCUUGCUCUUUGUCAGAGCCACAGACACGGUCUUGUCAACAAUUCUUGCACCGCACACCCCAGCAUGGAUGUACCACUUCAAUGACGUAAUCUUCUUCAACGCGUGCACGAGCGUCAUCAUGUUCUGUUGGUUCUACUACCCAGAGCGCUUGCCACCGCUGUAUCGUGACUGGAUCACCUCCGCUGCCAACAUGGACAACGGCUUGGUGAAGGCGCUCAACAUGUUGCAUCACGAGAAGAUCCGGUAUGGCGAGUGCUCACCAAACGGAGAGGAGCGAGUCUUGGUGGAGGCGGCAGAAAAGUUUGGUAUGCACCCCGACGUGGGCGACCUUUCCAAGACCAUACCCAUCCCGUGUGCCUUGGUACACAGCAACAUUUCCGACAGCUGUGAGGUGAAUGCACUCUGGCGCUUCGCACGGGGGCUCCGCUUUGGCCUUUCCUUGUAUAUGCCGUUGAACGCGUUGAUUUUCGGGAUAAAGUUGGCCAUGAACCCUAAGAACCGCUCGCGGAAGCUGAUGAUCACCAAUAUUAUCCGCAGUAUCCAGUCUUCCCUCAGAUCGUCCUCCUUCUUGGCAACCUUUAUCGCGUUGAACUGGUACGGUGUGUGUCUCGUGCGGACCCGGUUGGGCCCUAGGUUCUUGACUCCAUACUUUGGCAUCAGCUACAAGAAGUUUGACUCCUUGUACGCCGUUGCCUGUGGCUCCUUCAUUGCCGGACUCAGUAGUAUUGUGGAGAGGAAGCAGCGUCAGAAGGAGUUGGCGUUGUUCUGUGCUCCAAAGGCGUUGAGCGCCUUGCUUCCGCCAAUACUGAAGCCGCAGUUUGACCUUGGGGACCGGGAAACGAAGGAACCGGUGGACAACAAGGCUGAACUCGAGAUCGAGGCCCUUGUAUUUAGCUUUAGUUUUGCGGUAUUGGUCGCCUUCAGCAAGCAGAACCCGGAGAAGAUUAGAGGGAUUUUCGGCAAAGGGUUGCAGCAGGUUUUUUGAAAACGAUUAUAGUGUGAUAGAUGUCUCUGUGCGACGGGAAACUUGCGGAGCGUAAGAAAGGCUGUAGUAGACGGGUACCCACCAGCGUGCAUCCAUUCCACCCUCUUAUACGGCUAGUGCAGUUUUAGUCGCGCAUAAGGGAGAGUGGAUGGGCCAGUGAAGGAGGCUUUCUUUCAAUAACUCUAGAUGUUGGUAGCUACGGCUCUCAAUCUCUUGUGAUGAGUUUAUUAUAAAACGCUAUGUCCAGCUACAUGUACAGGUGAAAUACCGCAGCUAUAGUUCUACUAAUACUGAUUUAAUUAUAAUAUCAAUAUUAAUUGGC